AUGAAAUAAGACAAUAAUUAAGAGAAGGAGGCUGAUAAGAAGUUUAAGAAAGGCAAAGAAGCUUUAACAACUGGUGUGUUUUAGUGGAAAAAGGAUUAUAAUUUGGGUGCUAUGUAAUUUGAAGAGGCAGCUAAAUUGUAUAAGGAAUGCAAGAAUUCUUAGAAGGAAAAGGAAGCACUGAAGUUAGCCAUUGAAUGCAAUGAGAAAUUAAAUGAUACUUGGGCAGUGGGUAGAAACUAUGAAGCCCUUCUUAAUUCUCUUAUUGAUAAUUCAAGCAAUGAUUACAAAGAACUUAUAGAAUGGACAUAGAAAGCUGGAAUUUAUUUCAAGGUUUCAGAUUCAGGAAUGAAAUCAAUCUAAGUGCUGAAUAGAGUGGCCAAGUAUUUAAUCAAAAGACAACAAUAUGAAAUGGCAGAGAAGGUAAUUUUGGAAGCCUUGGCUGAAGCGGAAGAUCAAUAGGCUCCAUCCACCAGAACUGACAUCAUCAGCUCUUAUGUGGAGAUUUUGAUUGAGACUCAACAAUACCACAAAGUGGCUGAUUUAUAUAUGAAGGAGAUUACGAAGUUUAGAGAAGAACAUAUGAAAUACCCACUCAGUCAAUAUGCUUUGAUUGUUAUUAUAAUGUACAUCUUGCAAGAUGAGAUCAUUAGAGCCAAUCAGGAAUUAGAGCAAUUAAUAAUUUAAGUGUACAAUUUCCAUAAAUCCUCAGAGUUUCGAGUAGUCGAUUAGGUGUUGAAUUCCUAUGAAAAAGGGGAUUAGAAUUAAUUUAAUGAGGCAAUUACGAAAUCCUGCGUGACAUCUAUAUAUCCUCCAAAUAUUGUACGAGCCCUAAGAAAGGUUAAGGUUAGAGUGAUCAACAUUCAUCAAAAAUAAAAUAUUUAACAGCAAGAACUUGAGUAAGGACAAGAAGAAGUAGACUAUGAACAGGAAUUGGCAAAAAAAAUCCUUUGAUUAUGAUUAUUAAAUCAAAAUAUAUAAUUUCAUUCACUUAGAAGA